CUUCCAUGCCAGGUACAGGUUACCAAUAAAAAAGGAAUACUAAGAUAAUGGUGCCCCUACAUCUCAGGAUAAAUUCCAAAGGCUUUGCAGUUUCUCCUAACAGGGUUAAUGUCCAUCCACAAAUGAGCAGAGCACAAAAUGAACAAGUUGAAUUCCGGAGGAUCAAAGCCAUGGAACAUGUAUACUACUUCAGACCCUAGCCCAUCCGAAACAGGAGGCAAUUGGGACGAAGCACCCUGGAAGAAGUCUGGCACAUCCAUGAACGCCAUUUCUAUUGGCUUUGUCGCUACAGCAUUGUUAAUAUCAAUGUUUCUUAUAAUGGCCAUCUUUGAGCAUUUGUUUAGGCCAAAUCCUUCUUUCUCCUCACCUCAAGAUGACACCAACAGCCCCAUGGAAUCAGGAACAAUGCAGAAACUUGGUAAUCCACAAACAGUAUCAAUGUCAUAUGUAUCCACUAUCUCAGUAUUCAUGCCAGGGCAGAGGUAUCCUACCUUCAUCGCCCAACCGGCUCCUCUCCCCUGCACAAGGGAAGGCGUAUAUUGGCCACCCCAUGAACAGAGUAUUGCCAUUACAUAGCCAAUAAUACUUGUAUGCUCCGUUUUCUAGUUAGGUUCUUGUACAUGUAACCUACUUUUCGGAUGUACUAACAGCCAGUAUUUUCAGUUGUGACAUGAAAAAUACAAACAAAUUGCUUUAAAAAAAACUUGGGUUCAACAUUUAGCUUUGUUCAAGGAUUAUGCAUCUGUUAUGAGUCCAUCAAAAUUCAGC